AUGGGAACUGGGAGAAACACAAGAAUAACGGCAACUAUAUGCACCAAAUAUGUUGACCAGGAGCAUUUUGAAGUCAUGACCAUCGCCAUCCUCAGCACCACAAGCGAGCGAGCCAUUAAGAGGCCAAACAACAUACGCGUCAGAAAAGUCCAUUUGUCAUCAGUUACACAGACGCUUGCGCCCCUCCAUCGCCCCUCCAGCGCCCCUCCAUCGCCCCUCCAGCGCCCCUCCAGCUCCCCUCCAGCGCCCCUCCAUCGCCCCUCCAUCGCCCCUCCAUCGCCCCUCCAUCGCCCCUCCAUCGCCCCUCCAGCGCCUCUCCAGCGCCCCUCCAGCGCCCCUCCAUCGCCCCUCCAGCUCCCCUCCAGCGCCCCUCCAUCGCCCCUCCAGCUCCCCUCCAGCGCCCCUCCAUCGCCCCUCCAUCGCCCCUCCAGCGCCCCUCCAGCGCCCCUCCAGCGCCCCUCCAUCGCCCCUCCAGCUCCCCUCCAGCGCCCCUCCAUCGCCCCUCCAGCUCCCCUCCAGCGCCCCUCCAGCGCCCCUCCAUCGCCCCUCCAGCGCCCCUCCAUCGCCCCUCCAGCGCCCCUCCAGCGCCCAGCGACGUCGGCCGUAAAUCGCGGUGAUGACGAUAACCAGGAAUGA